AUGGUUGUGCCCCCAGCUGAUAUCAAGCUCGUGGACGACGCCACGCCGUACCACUGUGGUGUUGCCCGCCGUGUGCCUCUGCCUCUACAGGACAAGGUCACAGAAGAGCUCGCACGAAUGGAGGAAAUGGGCAUCAUCGUCCGGGAAACGGGUCCCUCUGACUGGUGCUCUCCUAUGGUGCCGGUUCGUAAACCUAAUGGUCGCGUACGGAUCUGCGUAGACCUAAAGAAGCUGAACGGCAACGUGAAGCACGAGCACUUCCCUCUUCCGACAGUUGAGGACACACUGGCUAGGCUCGCCGGAUCUACUGUCUUUUCCACGCUGGAUGCCAACAGCGGCUUCUGGCAAGUGCCUCUCACGGAGUCUGCAUCCAAGCUGACCACAUUCAUCACGCCUGUCCCGAGGUAUUCAUGGACGACGUUCUGGUCCACGCCGCUAACGAAGCUGAACACGACCACCAGCUGGACACAACGCGCCAGGUCCUUGCCGACGCAGGCAUCACGCUUAACCCCGACAAAUGCCACCUCAGUCAAGUACCUGGGACACAUCGUCAGCGGGUCCGGUGUGAAACCCGACCCCAGCAAAGUCUCCGCCAUUGACGACCUCAAAGAGCCUACGAAUGUUCCUGAGCUCCGCCGUGCCUUGGGUCUGUUCACCUACGUCGCCAGCUUCAUCCCGGAAUUGGCUACGAUCUCAGCGCCCCUCCGUCAGCUCCUACACACCAACACUGAUUGGUUCUGGGACUCCCCGCAGCAGGACGCCUUCCGUCGGCUGAAAGAGCUCGUCGUUACAGCCCCGUGCUUAGUGCACUAUGACCCCGAGCGUCCACUCAUGGUCAGUGCCCAUGCCAGCAGCUAUGGCAUUGGUGGUGUUCUGCUCCAGAAGCACGAUGGCGACUGGCGCCCAGUAGCCUACGCCUCCCGUUCCCUGACCAAGACGGAACAAGGCUACGCGCAGAUCGAAAAGGAAUGCCUCGCAGCGGUGUGGACGUGCGAGAGGUUAGACCAGUACCUCUUCGGCGCUCCCAGGUUCAUCGUGCAGACGGACCACAAGCCGCUAGUGCCACUGAUCAACACCAGAGACCUGGACAAGGUUCCCAUCCGAUGCCAACGAAUGCUGCUCCGCUUCAUCCGGUACAAAGUCCAUGCCAUACAUGUUCCCGGCAAGGAUCUGGUGGUGGCUGACACGCUUUCACGAGCGCCAGCAUCGGCAUCAGUUUACAACGUUCUGCAAGACGACAUUGGCAUGGUUUUAUCAACCACUGCCGAAGAUCUCACGAGUCCAUCCGUUCUCGCCGACCUAGCCAAGGCUCCGUCUGAAGAUCCCGUGUUAUCCAGUGUGAUGCGCUAUGUCAUCCAUGGCUGGCCUGCUACCGUCCCUGAUGACAUCAAGCCGUUCCAUCGUGAGCGAGGCCAGUUGUCUCACAUGCAAGGUGUCUUGUGCCACGGCUUUCGCCUGGUUGUUCCAUCCGUGCUACAGCCUGAGAUCCUCCAGAAGCUUCACGAUGGUCACCAAGGUGUCACAAAGAGUAAAGCUCGUGCCCGCUUCUCGUCGUGGUGGCCAGGUAUCUCUGCCGACAUCGAGGCGUACGUCGCCAAGUGCACUACCUGUAUCAAGCAGCGUCAUCAGUCUCCAGAGCCUCUUCAGACAACUCCGUUCCCCGAGCGUCCGUGGCAGCGUAUCGUAUCGGAUCUCUGUGAUGUCGACGGCCGCCAGUACCUGAUUACCGUCGACUAUUUCUCCCGUUACAUUGAUGUCGCUUGUCUCUCAUCGACUACGUCACCGGCCAUCAUUACUCAUCUGAAGAGCAUAUUUGCUGUCCACGGCUAUCCGGACAUCUUCGUCAGCGAUAACGGGCCACAGUUCGCGUCCGACGCCUUUGCACAGUUUAUGUCUUCGUGCAACAUCAUGCAUCGGACCAGCAGCCCGAAGCAUCCUCAAAGCAACGGCGAAGCAGAGCGCGCCGUGCAGACUGCCAAACGACUCAUCCGUGCGCCAGGUGGUCUACAGCAGUCCCUCUUAGCGUAUCGCUCCACGCCCCUGGCCAAUGGCUAUUCGCCCGCCGAACUCUUGUACGGCCGCAGGCUCCGCACCAAUCUUCCGUGCCCACCCGAUCUCCUGCAACCCUCCUGGCCAGACAUCACCGCUCUCCGGGCCAAGGAGCAGGAGGCUAAGCAUCGGCAAGAAGAUCACUUCGAUCAACGCUUCGCAGCCAAGUCGCUCUCCCCUCUGCCACUGGGAGCGAAAUUAGGUUGA